UAUUUUAAACAAUUUUUUUUUUUUAAUUUUCAAAAAAAAAAAUUUUUUUCAGGGGUAAAGGCACAACUAAAAGGGCGCCAUGAUUGUCAUCAUUUUUUUCUCGGGAAACUCUGGCCCACCCGGGCCCCCCGGUUCCAAGGCCAUGUAUUUGUAUCAAUAAAAUUCAAAUAUUUGGACAGACUUAAUGGCUAGACAAGAGCCAGUGGGUUGCCGGCACCUAGAUUAAACAAACCGUCUUUUAUGUUGUUAGAAAAAACCUUGUAUGAAACAUAAAAUGUAGAAGAAGUACUUUAUUAGCUGAACAUAUUUACAGAAGCAAGUAAAUUCUAUCUAUACUGAUCAAAAAAUAUAUAUUGUGAAGUUAUAAGUUUUUAUAUAUGUUGAAAGAUCUUUUAUUAUUAUAUAAUUAAACUGCGAAAUAAAUUGUUUUGCAUAAUUAAGAAUAGAGUUCUUACUUCUAAAUAAGUUGUUAUUUUGUGAGUAUCAACAACAGUUAUCUAAAAAAGUUAUUGGCCACUUGAGAAUUUUUGUAUUAAUAAAUUUUAUUAAUGACUCUUUUUGAUUCCCAAAUCGAAAAUUUAUGUUACGCUUGUGUAUUUAUAGUUUGCGUACAUCGUGUGUAUUGUAAUUGCAUUUUUUUUAAAGUAACGACGGAGUUAAAAAUGUCUUCAUUUAAUCUAUAUAAUUUUUCUGUUAAUACAUCAAACAAAGUUGCCGCAAGCAAAAGACGCCGCUACAGUGUCGUACAGCGAGACUAUCAUAACGAGUUAGAGCGUCGUCGUCGUCAACUAAUAUCUUCGAAAUUUAUGCUACUGCAAAAUGCACUACCAGAAAAUGCAUUUCCAGUUAAAACCAAUUUGGAAAAGGUUUCCCGAUGCUCAAUACUAAAUGCUGCUUGUCGUUAUAUGAGCAGCAUGGAGUCAAAAAAACACGCUAUUUCAAGGGAUAUUCAUGUACUUAAAAAGGAAAACAAUAUUCUAAAGAAGAAAAUUGAAAGUCUUGAAAAAAGAAGUGAACUUUCUCAAGGCGAUGUUUACUUGUUGUUAAAUGGAGACGAAACAAAGCAAACAGACAAUAUUUAGACAAACUUGAACAAAAAUUUGAAUUGAAUUUAGAGCAAAAUGAAUUUAGAGUUUAAAUAUAUUAUUCGUUUUACUUU